AAAUAUAAAUGAAUAAAAAUGAUGUCGUCAUUCACUUACCCACAUGCUUUUCCCAGUACAGAACAAAAGGGGAUGUUAGUCAGAAUGACAGUUUUAGUCACCAUUCACUUUCAUUUAAUCUUUUCCCCAAAAAAUGAAAUUGAACGGUGACUUAUUCUGUCAUUUUGUCUAACAUUAUUAUGUUGCACAGGAGAAAGAAUGUCAAACAGGUUUGGAAAAUCUUGAGGGCAGGUACAUAGUUUUUAUUUUUGGGUGAACUAUUCCUUUGGAUAAGGAGUGCUGUUUAGUAGUUUCGGUUUAGACAACUGUUCUAACUGUUCACUUGUGUGUUACAGUCCCUCCCAUCUGUCCGUGUCCUCCCUUCCUGACUAUCAUGAUUUGGCUGACGCGCUUUUGUCCAAAGCAACUUGUGUUACACUUUUUACAGCGAGAGUUUCUCAGGAAUAACCAUCACUUAAUUGUCUUAGUCAAGGGCACAAUGGCAAUUGUGGGAUUUAUUGAACUGAUAAUGUGUCAACCAACUGACCAUGAUAUGCGCUUUGUCUCUAGCAAGCAUGACAUUCCAGAAGCCAACUUUACAACACAUGAGAGCCACUGUCGGCGGAAUAUUGCUCUUUGUGAGGUGUGCCAGGAGCCUUUUCCUCAUGCUGAGCUUGUGCAGCACAAAGAGAUGGACCAUGCAGAGGAACAGUGCAAAUGUGGAUUAAAGAUAGAGAAGAGGUUCAUGGAGGUCCACCAGAGGUCAGAGUGCAGUCAUCGACUUGUCCCGUGUCAGUUCUGUGAUCUGGAGGUGGCCUCCUUUCAGGCUAAAGAGCACGAGGAUUACUGUGGGACCCGCACCGAGCCCUGCCCCGUCUGCAAAUGUAACGUUAUGCUGAGAGAACAACACAUCCAUCCAGCCCUGUGCGGAAGUCUGACUCCACCUCAGGAGAGGCACAGUAGUAGGGCCCAGACCCCAGGAGCAUGGUUUGAGGCACAUUCAAUCUAUAACCUUAUACACAAUAAUAACAGCACGGGGGCAGCAGACCGCAGGGGUCCGCCACGACCCUUGGAGGACAGACUACACAACAGCACCAGAGGAACAGUGAGGGGAGGAACCAGGAGAAACGCAGAAACAAGGAACAAUGAUUUUGCUUAUUUGCUGGAUCAGGAAACAGAGCUGGGCAACAACAACAACAGCCUGCUGUGGUCUCUGGGACAGCUGCCAGACUAUGAGUCUUCCAGUCUGGACUACAUGCUGGCCCUCAGCCUGCAGAGUGAAGGUGACUUGGAGGACCCCCGUCAGGAGGGCGUGUGGACUGAUGUGUGGGACCGUCGCCUGGGAAGGACACCAGCCCCAAGCAAUCUCACGUCCCAGCUCUCCUCCAGCACUAACAACAGCUGCACUGCGGCCUCCCCUAAAACCAACCCGACAGUGGGCCACAGCCCCUCCUCAAACAUCAUGCUGCCUUGUGAGUUCUGUGAAGAGCUCUUUCCAGAGGAAGACCUUAUCUUACACCAGACUGGCUGCAGCCCGGCCUCUGCUAUCACUUCCUUCAGUAAACAAGCUCCUUCUCUUCAAUAUGAAGAAAUCAUCAGUCAAGGGGCUAGUCAUGUCAUUCCUCCCCGCACACCCAGUCCGCCCACCCUGCCCCUCUCUGUUUCGCCACUCUCCUACAGUUCCUCCUCCAGCCCCGUUGAGGGCGACGUGCUCAUUCCUUGUGAGUUUUGUGGUGUUGCCUUGGAAGAGGAUGUACUCUUUCACCAUCAGGACAAGUGUGACCUACGCCCCCAGACAGCUUAUUCAAUUGACGGAUUGUCUCCACGGAAACCACACCACACCGCCAAAGAGGCCCACGAGGGGAGAUCUCCUGAGAGGCAGAGAAGGGUGAGACAUCAAGCUGACCCAGAUGAGGAGCUCCUGCGGGAGACGGCUCAGGGGUGGCAGAAAGGCACCUCAGGUUUGGACCAGUGGCUGCCCUCAGCCUACAGUUACACUAAGAACACGAAUGCUGAGCAGCAGGUGAAGAGCAGGAACCAAAGGCACAGAGCAGUAGAAGCGAACACAUACCUCAAUGACAGCCUCAUGCCCCGUUCUACAACCACUUCGGGACCUCCACACAGAGGAAGAUUGGAAGGUCGAAGGAGUGAUAAAAACACAGAGACUCCAAAGGUAUGUACGUGAAUUGUUACAGGAUCA